AUGACCAUGGUGCUGGGCGCUUCGGCUGCGCACGGCUUGGAUAACAACUGGACGGUGAUGGUCACGGGGAUGAAGGAUGGCAAUGGCUGCAUGAAGGCCACGUCUGUCGAGGAUAUCGGCUCCAACAUCGUCACAUCCACCCCCACUUGCUUGUCGGCCACCCAAAUGUGCGCGGACGACUACGAGUGCACCACGGCGCAAAGUUUGAAGCCCGCCAGCUUCACCGGCUGCACCUUCGAUGAGAGCACCGCAGCUGCUACUUCGGUUGUUGGGGUGUUGAUGGAUGGCUUGUGCUAUACCAACUUCGUGGUGGAGCAGAAAAACUUCAACGGUGCCCCUGGCUUGGCGCCUGACAAGGUGCAUGUGCGCAGCGAGGCACACCUCCACACUCGAGCGUGCCUUGUAGUCAGCUACUGCGCCAAGACGGGUUUCUAUCUACUUACACGUCCUUCCAGCACGGCAGACUAUGCCUUCGCGGCACAGAUGGACAGCUCCAGUGCUGAGAAGGUCUUUGAUUUCCUGAUCGAAGCCAGGCACCCCUGCGGCACCACCACAACCACGACGACCGGACAAACCGCUCUGGAGCAGCUGGACCCGGAGGCGCUGUUGAAGGAACUGGUGAGCCCCACCGGCGCCUGGAAAGGCUGGAGCUCCCAGCUACACCAUCACGACCGUGUGCUGGGCCAAGCACUUGGGGCCUUCCUGCAGUACCAGCAGCCGGAGGCCAUCAUCGACAUGGGCUGCGGCCUGGGCUUCUACGUGUCUCUUCUCCGAGCUCGUGGCCUGUCCUGCGAUGGGUUCGAUGGCCAUGCAGACACGGAGCGCCUCACGGAGGGCAUGUGCUACCAUGCAGACUUUGCCGACCCUGAGCUCCCGGGCAAGAUCGCUGAGAAGGGCUACGACUGGUGCGUUUGCCUGGAAGUCUUUGAGCACGUGCCGAAGAGCUUGGAGGGUCAGCUGGUCCAUUUGGAGACCCUUCCGGGUGACCAGGUGGACUGCCUGCUGGCCGGGGCUCGGAAAGGCCUCGUGCUCUCGGUGGCCACCCCCGGCCAGGGAGGCCUUGGCCACGUGAAUGAGCAGCCCCAUGAGUACGUGGUAGAACUCCUUGAGAAUCGCGGCCUGGUUCUGGACGAAAAGUCGCACCUCAGGCUGCGGCAAUACUGCGAGCUGCCGUGGUUCAGGCAGAACCUGCUGGUUUUCCGACGGCCGACGGAGAAUGACACUGCGGAGCGCUGA